AUGGAUUGUACGUCAACCCAGACUCGGUUUCACGUCGAGACUACAAACUAUCGCCAGAUAAACAUCGAUGGAGAGGGGAAGCAGUAUAAUCUUGUGGGUCGCAAUGGCACCGGAAAGUCCUCCCUUUUACGGGCAAUUGGAGCUAAACUGAUACCCGGCAUACCGCAAAGAAGCAAAAUUGUCUUCUUGGAACAGUUUGAAACCAGCGAUGUUACUGAAAGAGACACACUCACCAGCAUUGAUUCCGGCCAACCAGUAGCGUCUGCCACAACAGUAGACUACGUGGUUGAAUGUGUUGCAUCGAAAAACUUGGUGGAGAGAGACGUCUGCCGACUUACAGAGAUACUCAAGCUGUCGAGUCCGCGUGACUUACAACGCGAACUCCGACUGUUCAAACUCGAUCAUAUGAAGCAGGAACAUCUUCUACUCCAGAAAGAAGCCAAUAUGCGCAGUGGCGACAGAGGUCUAGCGGCACGCAAGGACCUAGUUUCAUUUGAAAAAAACCUAGCUGCUUUCGAGCUCACAAUAAUCAACACCGAUGAGCCUGUUUCGUCGAAAAAUCUUCAGGAUGAGCUCUUUGAUGCCACUGAGAUGUUGGCGGCGCUCCAAGUACAAGCGGAACCGACCGAUACAACUGAGCUUGAGGCCAUGGCAAAACGCUUUCUGCUGGGCCUAGGCUUCACAGAAGACACGAUGAAGAGCCCUCCGCAGAAUCUUUCUGGGGGCUGGAAAAUGCGAGCGGAUCUCGCAAUAGCACUUCUACAGGACUGCGAUAUCUUGAUUUUGGAUGAACCGACAAAUUUCCUCGACAUAUUUGGUAUCAUAUGGCUACAAGGUCAUUUACUGUCGUUGCGGGAUCUCGAGAAACCACCCACUGUUAUACUUGUCUCGCACGAUCGCGCAUUUACAAAUAUUUGUACGGACUUGAUCGUGCUGAAAGACAAAUCACUCAGCUACUACCACGGCACACUAUCAACCUACGAGGCAGCUCAAUCGGAAAAGAGAGGAUGGCUUAUCAAGCUAAAGGCCGCGCAAGACAAACAGAUAGCGCACAUGACGAAGACGAUCGCCCAAAACCUCAAAGCUGGCAAAGAGAAGGACGAUCAGAACAAAAUCAGACAAGCAAAAUCGCGUCAGCUACGGGUGGACGACCGAACAGGAAUGCAAGUGAACUCGAAGGGUCACAAAAUAAAGAGGUGCAGAGAUGUGAGACACGAAUCAAGGUCUAGAGACGAGAUUGAAAUACCUCCUGAGGAGCGGCAGAUCAGCAUUGUGCUCCCGUUACCCUCGGGGCUGCGAUUUCCGGGGACACUUCUGUCGCUAGAGGAAGUGUCCUACAGGUACUCGACAGGGUCACCCAUGAUUAACGACGGAGUUACGUUGACGGUCAGCAUGGGUGAUCGGAUAGGUAUACUCGGCCUGAACGGUUCUGGAAAAUCGACGCUAGUACGCCUACUAGUGGGCGAGGCACAGCCCACGAAAGGCACCAUCACCAAGCACCCGCGACUGAGAUUGGCAUACUACGCACAAGAUGCGACAAAAGAGCUCACCGGUCUAGCGAAUGCGGACUCAACGCUGACAGCGCUUUCCUUACUGCUUAAUGAAGUGGAAGGCGCUCUGGACGAAGGGGAGGUGCGAGGUGUCCUCAGCGCCGUUGGCCUUCCUGGUCGAUUAGCGUCAGACGUACGGCUCGGUGAUCUAUCUGGAGGCCAGAUGGUACGUUGUCAGCUCGCUCGACUGCUCUGGCGCUGCCCCCAAUGCCUUGUCUUGGAUGAGGUCACCACACAUCUGGACUUUGCCACAGUCACUGCGCUGCGUGAUGCACUGAGAAACUGGCCCGGUGCUGUGAUUCUAGUCACUCACGAUCGAUGGUUCAUGCGCGGCGUCAUCGAGGGGCAGUUUGAGGAGGACGAGGAAAAUUCCGCGGACAGCGAUAGCGAGCUUGAAGCAUAUUCUACCAGGCGAGCUGUUUAUAGGAUCCAUGAGGGCAAACUAGCAGCUUUGCCAGACGGUGUGGCCAAGUUUGAACAGUUGGUGGAGCGUGAAGUCGCCAAAUAUCUAUAA